AUGGCUCUGAACAUCCCUGGUGUGGUUGCAGUGGUUCUGUUCUACAUCCUGAUUCUGGGGACGGGGAUGUGGGCCGCCCAAAAGUCCAGGAGGGCUGAGAGGAAGAGCAGUGGAGACAGGACAGAGGUUGUGUUACUUGGAGACAGAGAUAUUAACUUGGUGGUUGGGAUUUUCACCAUGACUGCUACAUGGGUUGGAGGUGGUUUCAUCUUGGGUACGACUGAGGCAGUCUAUUCUCCUAAACUGGGCUUGAUGUGGGCCCUCAUGCCUGUACAAUACUCUGUGUCCUUCAUUAUAGGUGGACUUUUCUUUGCCAAGCCAUUGAGGGACAAGAAGUAUAUCACCAUGAUGGACCCGUUCCAAAUCAAGUAUGGAAAAGUACUGAGUGGAGCUCUGGUACUUCCCUCCCUGAUGGUGGAUGUGCUGUGGGUGUCCUGCACUCUGCUGGGCUUAGGAGCAACUAUGAGUGUGAUACUGGACUUACCCUACGGCUACUCUAUUUGGAUAUCAUCAGCUGUAGCCAUCAUCUACACUUUGUUAGGAGGCCUGUACUCAGUGGCCUACACAGACGUCAUCCAGCUCUCCCUGGCUUUCCUCAGUUUGUGGUUGUGUAUUCCCUUUCUGCUGCUCAACCCCACAUCCACUAGUAUUGCUCUGACUGCAUUUAACAACACCUUCCAAGAACCCUGGGUCGGAAAGCUGGACCUUGGCAACUUCUGGAAAUGGAUUGAUGACUUCUUGAUGCUUGGUCUUGGGAGUGUUUCAUUUCAGAGCUUCCACCAGAGGACGCUGUCUGCCUCCUCACCGCUCACAGCCCAGUUAACGUGCUACGCUGCUGCCCUUGUUAUCGCUAUAAUGGGAAUCCCUCCUGUUUUGAUUGGGGCUGUUGCUGCUUCCACAGACUGGAACCAAACACUGUAUGGCUCUCCAUCUCCAUAUGUGCGUGGUGAAGGCAGUUUGGUCCUGCCCCUUACCCUACAGUACCUCACUCCUUCUUACAUUUCAAUCAUUGGGAUCGGAGCUGUAGCUGCUGCUGUCAUGUCAUCCACAGACUCUGGCCUGUUGUCGGCAACUUCUGUUUUCUCUUCUAACAUCUACAAGAACAUCCUGCGUAAACAGGCAUCAGACUUUGAAAUGCAGUGGGUGAUUAGGGUCACAGUGGUGGUGGUUGGUCUAGUUGGGACAUCCAUCACCUUCUACACUAACAGCACCUUGCUCCUCUGGAUUCUUGGAGCAGACAUUUCCUACACCCUGAUGUUCCCUCAUCUGAUCUCCGUUCUCUUCUUCGAUGUGACGAAUGGCUACGGUGCCAUGGCCGGCUACAUCAUAGGGCUUGCUGUCAGGAUUUUGUUAGGAGAGAACGCAGUCGGACUUCCUGUUGUUCUUUGUCUUCCUGGUUGCACACUGGAAGAUGGCAUCUACGUCCAAAAGUCCCCUGUCAGGACAAUCGCCAUGCUCUGCACUUUUGUAACCAUCUUGUUUUUUUCCUCACUGGCUUGGUUCAUGUUUAACCACAGCCUUUUACCUGAGAGGUGGGACAUUUUUAAAGUCAAGCAUAACGUCACUGUAUCACCAGCAGAUGCUGUCACACAGAAUCGCAUUGAAGAAACAGAAAGCGAAGCUGAGUGUGACGAGAACAGACUUGGAGUUGCCUUACAGCCGAUGUUAGAGUCAUGACUGUUUCUGUUCUGUUUGAAAAGUUGCUAGUGAAGAUUUGAUCAAGA